CGAGUGGGAGGCACUUGAAGCAAACGCCAUACUCUCUCCACACACAAAGCUGCUGUGGACAGUCUGUGUCUUUUACUUUAACUAUGGCAGAAGAAGAGGCUGGUAUUUUUGUCAACCAGGAGCAGUUCAGCUGUCCCAUCUGUAUGGAACUCCUGCGAGACCCCGUAACCAUUCCUUGUGGACAUAACUACUGCAUGGAGUGCAUUAAGAUCUUCUGGGAGCAGAAGAACCAGAGGAAGUUGUGCAGCUGUCCACAGUGCAGGCAAACUUUCUCCCCGAGACCUGCACUCAACAAAAACACUCUGUUUGCUGAAGUUGUUGAGAGACUGAGGCAUACUGGAAUCCGUUCCCACACCCUACCUGGAGUUAAGAAUGAUGAAGACAUUGCAAAAGAAAAGCAUGACCUCGUCAUCUUCUGUGAGCAAGAGCUUAAGCAUUCACAGAGGAGAUUCCAGCAGGUCAUAAAGGAGCGCGAGACGGAGCUACAGGAUCUGAGUCAAGCCGUACUGUCCCUCAGGAGCUCUGCCCAGGCAGCGGUGGAGGAUACGGAGAAGAUCUUGACUGAGCUGAUUCAGUCCAUUGAAGCUCUUUGUAUUGAGGCGACGGAGAUGAUCAAAGCAAAGGAGCAGACGGAAUUAGACGAGGCACAUGGAUUUAUGGAGAAACUAGAGCAGGAGAUCUCAGAGUUCAAGAGGAGAGAUGCUGAAUACGACACUAUUGCACGCCUUGAUGAUAAAACCCAGUUCCUCAAGAGUUAUGAAACACUGUGUAGUCUGCCAGAGUUGGUGACCACUCCUGCAGUUCUAGCCAAUCCAGACUUCUGUUUCGAUAUGGUGUCAAGAAAACUCACAGUUCUGACUGAGGACAUUAAAGAUCUAUGCCUGAAAAAAUUUGAGAAAUUAUCAAAAAAAGUGUCAAACCUCAAAUUUAUUCCUACCCCUGAACCCAAAGUCAGGGAGGAGUUCUUGGAAUAUUCGGGUCCCCUGACUCUAGACAUGAACACCGCUCACAGAAACCUCAGCGUUUGCUCAGAGAGUGGAGAGGUGACGUUCAUCAAAACUUCUCUGUCCGUUCCUGACCACCCCGAGAGGUUUGAUAACUAUAGCCAGGUUCUGUGCAGAGAGAGCGUGACCGGCCGUUGUUACUUCGAGGCCGAGUGGAGCGGGAAGGGUCCUGUGCACAUCGCAGUGUCCUAUGAGGACAUCAGCAGGAAAGGAAAGAGUACCCAGUGUGCAUUUGGACACAACGCCCAGUCGUGGAGUCUGGUGUGCUCUGAGGAUACCUACACAUUCUGGCACUGUGGAAAGGAAACUAAGAUUCCCAAAAUGCAGUGGGCUCACAGGGCUGGCGUUUAUGUCGAUUUCUCGGCAGGGAUUUUGGCAUUUUACAGCAUCACAGACUCAAUGAAUCUCAUCCACAAAAUUCGGACUGCAUUUGCUCAACCGCUCUAUCCUGGCUUCAGGAUUAACACUGGGUCCAGUGUGAGACUUUGCUAUCCACUUUAAUGGCACGAAAUGGGUUAAUUUAGUGCCCGAGCAGUUAUUAUAAACUUAAGUUUGCUUGUAUUGUGAUAUCCAUCUCCAUAUACCAGUGCUAUAUACAGGGAUGGAUCGAGAAUCUAAUAUAUAUGACUAA